AUGGCAAUUACUGUGACCGUUUGCCUUCUCAGCGGCGAGGCCGCGUCUGUAUCCUUGGAUCCUAGUCGCUCGGUGGAGACUCUCCGGGCCAAAGCGUCGCAGGCUCUCGGGCGGAGUGUCGGCAAGCUGGUGUCUUCUGGAGGUAGCUUCCUUCGAGGGCGGGGCAGCUUGGCAGAUGCCGGUGUGCAAGAUGGCGAUACCAUCACAGUGGUCACGCAGAAGGUGGCGUUGCGGGCUACGGAAAGUGCUUUCGCCUUCAUCCGCGCAGAUGGCUCGGUUGUCACUUGGGGAGAUCAAUGGGAAGGUGGCGAUUGCAGCGAUGUCCAGGACCAACUGCACGAUGUGCAGUCAAUCCAAGCCACCGCAGCCGCCUUCGCGGCCCUUUGUGCCGAUGGAAGAGUCGUCAGUUGGGGCAACCCAGAAUUCGGCGGCGACAGCUCUACGGUCCAGUGGCGCCUCGUCGACGUGAGCCAAAUUCAAUCAACGAGUGGUGCCUUUGCCGCUCUUCGGCAAGACGGCACCGUAGAGACCUGGGGGAUGCCUCAUCUUGGUGGCAACUGCGACCUCGUCUACGGGAAGCUGCAAAAUGUCCGGCAGAUCCAGGCCAACGAUGCAGCGUUCGCUGCUCUCCGAGCAGAUGGCUCCGUGGUCACCUGGGGCGCCGACGAGGAGGGCGGCAACAGCCAAGAGGUGCAGCAAUACCUCCACGGCGUGCGGUGCAUCCAGAGAGGCUUCCCGGGCUUCACCGCCAUCAAAGAACAUGGCCAGGUGGUGUCCUGGGGCUUCAUCGAUCCUGAUGUGCACCUCCCCGGGCUGGACCAGGCAGAAGGCAUCUACAGAACCGGACUCUCCGAUGUCAAGGAGAUGCGAAUGAUGGGUGACACGUGGGCCGCGGUUGGCUCCGAUGAGCGCAUCAAGACUUGGGGAUACACCGGUGACCGGAAGAAGCAGCAUCAACUGCAUGCGAUGCGGGGUGUGAAGCGCAUCAUUCACAACGAAAGCAACGCAUGGGCUGCCAUCACCAACGACGGCUCGGUCGCCACCUGGGGUGAGCCCUGCUCUGGCGGAGACAGCCGAUCAGUGAAGAGGCGUCUGAAGAAGGUGGAGCACAUCCAGGCAUCCGGCAGCGCUUUUGCCGCGAUCCGCUCGGAUGGUGGCGUGGUGACCUGGGGAGUCCAAGACCAAGGUGGCAACAGCCAGGCCGUCCGAAAGUGUCUGAAGAACGUGAAGGAGAUCCAGGCAUCCUGCGCGGCUUUCGCUGCGCUGCGUGCGGAUGGGACGGUCGUCGCCUGGGGCAAGAAGAACCAUGGUGGAGACUGCUCUGCUGUCCAGGAACAGCUCCACGACGUCACCUGCAUUCAGGCUUCCUUGGGUGCCUUUGCUGCUAUCCGCACGGAUGGCUCGGUGGUGACGUGGGGUCCUCCAUCCUUCGGCGGCAACAGCUCCCGCGUGAAAGAGCAGCUUGGAAGAUCCCAGGCGGAUGAUGAAGCCGAAACGAGGGCCCGGGCGAAAGCUCGGGAGCUUGCUCGAGCCAAGGCCAAAGCCCGGGCCAAAGCGCGAGCCCGAGCUCGGCCCGCCAUUGCGAAAGCCCAAGCCCAGCGCAAGGCCCAGGCGAAAGCCAAGGCCAAGGCCAAGGCGAAGCCCAAAGCGAAGGCCAAGGCUAAAGCAAAGGCCAAAGCGAAGGCCAAAGCAAAGGCGAAGGUCUUGAAGAAACCGUCCCAGAAGUAG